AGCUUUGGCAGGUGCAUUACCACGCACCGCAACCUUUGCCUGGGGCACGGCGAAGAUAGCGGAAGCGUCUUCCAACUCCGACGAGUGCGUGACAACAGUAGCGCCAGGAGGGCGACGACGGCUAUAAGCCGCCGACCUCUACAAGUCUCCAGAACAUGGCGUUUCUAUUAUUGCCAUUUGUUGGAGCAUUAGAGGCGGCGGUGGCGGCGGUAGCUGGAGUGGCAGUUGUAGGUAUACCUGUUUUAGCUGGACUGGCGGUUGGAGAAUCGGUUUUUCGUCCAGGUAUCAACGAGGACGUCACCCACCCUGCCCCCCGGGUGGACAUUGAUGAUCUCCAAAAGAAACUGGAUAAGUCUAGGGAGAGAAUGGCUGAACUCGAAGGGCAACUGGUUAAGUCUAGGGAGAGAACGGCUGAACACCAAAGGCAACUGGUUAAGUCUAGGGAGAUAACGGCUGAACUCCAAAGGCAACUGGUUAAGUCUAGGGAGAUAACGGCUGAACUCCAAAGGGAAUUGGACGAGUGUAUGAUGGCAAAGCCUAAACUCAAGGUCGAAUUCGAAGUAAAGGUUAAACUCAUUAUGGAACUCGAAUUAAAGAUUAAUCUCCAAUUGGAAAUCGAAGGAACGAUUAGGCUGGAAUUGGAGGAGUGUAAGGUGAGAAAGGAUGAACUCCAAAGGGAAUUGGAGGAGUGUAGGGAGGAAAAGGUUAAACUCCAAUUGAAAUUGGAGGUGUGUAAGGUGAAAAAGGGUGAACUCCAAAGGCAAUUGGAGGACACAAGGAAGGCGAUAUGGGUGUUGGCAAAGGCAAUUGUGGCAGCUACAAAGGCAUAUGAUGCUGAGAAGGCAAAAAUGAUGAAGGAAUUAGAGGAGUUAAAGAGUAAGCAGCUGAGGAAGUAGGACGUGACAAGAAGGCAUACUUAUCAUCUUGCAUCGAUCUCCAAAUGAUUAGUGAUGCCGACCUAUUAUGUUACUAUGUAAUCAUGCUCAGUUGGUACUAUAUAUGCAGUAAAUAAAACGGAACAUGUAUAUAUUUCCAUUAUUAUUA